AAAUAUACUACAUUGGAGUAAUUGCCGGGACACCAUCUUUCUUUGGAUUCUCUCUCUCUCUCUCUCUCUGUGCGUUCACACAGUCGGAUCUCAGUCGACCUUAAUCAUCCCACGGCUUCCCUCUCGAAGCGGAUCGAUCCGAGUGCUAGCAAUGGCGAUCUCGGUCCAAAACCUAAUCAAGGAGAGGAAAUACCCAUUCAUCUUCUCUCUCCUCGCCCUAAUCCUCAUCACAUUCCUCCUCCUAACCAAAACUCAAUCCCCUAUCGCCUCCACCCUCGAUCUCGUCCAAUCUCGAUCGACCUCUUCCUCUUCGCCUACCUCUGCCCCUCCGCAUUCGGUUCGAAGUUCCCCAAUCUCAAGCCCUAGCACAGAGCCACCCCCAAUACACACAGAGCCACCGCCAAUACACGGUGAUGUGAGUUGGAAUCUUUGUAACGGCGCGGUGGCCGUUGACUAUAUCCCUUGUCUCGACAAUUUCAAGGCCAUAAAGGCGUUGAAAUCGUUGCGGCAUAUGGAGCACAGAGAGCGGCACUGCCCAGAGCCGAGUCCGCGGUGCUUGAUUCCGCUGCCGCGGGGGUAUAGGGUUCCGGUGCCGUGGCCUAGGAGCAGGGACAUGGUAUGGUUUGACAAUGUACCUCACCCUAAGCUUGUUGAAUACAAGAAGGACCAGAAUUGGGUUCGCAAAUCUGGUGAAUAUCUUGUUUUCCCAGGAGGUGGUACUCAAUUUAAAGAUGGUGUUACUCACUACAUCGAGUUCGUAGAAAAGGCUUUACCAGUAAUUGAGUGGGGGAAACACGCUAGGGUUAUUUUGGAUGUUGGUUGCGGCGUUGCUAGCUUUGGUGGCUAUUUGUUGGACAAAGAUGUUAUUACCAUGUCAUUUGCUCCAAAGGACGAACAUGAGGCUCAGAUACAAUUUGCUCUUGAGCGGGGAAUUCCUGCUACGCUCUCUGUCAUUGGAACACAAAGGCUGCCUUUUCCUGAUAACGUGUAUGAUUUGAUUCAUUGUGCUCGAUGCAGGGUUCACUGGGAUGCAAACGGUGGGAAACCACUAAUGGAACUGAACAGGAUUCUUAGGCCUGGAGGGUUUUUUGUUUGGUCUGCUACACCAGUUUACCGUAACGAUGAGAGAGAUCAGAAUGUCUGGAACUCUAUGGUGGCUGUGACAGAAUCUAUUUGCUGGGAGGUAGUGGCAAAAACUGUUGACUCAUCUGGUGUUGGGCUGGUUAUAUACAAGAAGCCCGUGUCAUCUUCCUGUUAUGGAAAACGGAAAGAUAAUAAUCCACCUUUGUGUGAUCAGAACAAUCGGCAGAACAUUUCAUGGUAUACGCCCCUUGACAGUUGUCUUGCUCCUCUGCCAGUAGAUAGCAUGGGUAACUCUUACAGUUGGCCCGAGGAGUGGCCCAAAAGGCUUACCAGUAAGCCUCCACAUCUAUCUGCUGAACGAGACGCUGAAGAAAUCUUUUACGAGGACACAAAACACUGGUCCGCACUUGUCUCAGAUGUUUAUCUAGAAGGCGCUGCUAUAAACUGGUCAAGCGUGAGGAAUGUAAUGGAUAUGAAUGCCGGUUAUGGAGGAUUUGCUGCAGCACUUAUUGAUAUGCCUCUAUGGGUGAUGAAUGUAAUCCCUGUCAACGGGCCAGACACUUUGUCUGUAAUAUUUGAUAGAGGAUUGAUUGGAGUCUAUCAUGACUGGUGCGAGUCUUUCAAUACCUACCCUCGAACUUAUGAUCUUCUGCAUUCCAGUUUCCUCUUCAAGAACCUCACUCAAAGAUGUGAUAUUAUGCAAGUUGCUGUUGAGAUGGAUCGCAUAUUGAGACCAGGUGGAUUUGUUUUGGUUCAAGACACUGUUGAAAUGAUUAACGAUCUCACUCCUAUUUUCCGCUCGCUCCACUGGUCCAUAGACUUGUUUCAAGAACAAUUCCUUGUUGGUAAGAAGGGGUUCUGGCGUCCAGAUGGUAGAAGUAAGAUUUGAACAAGUCUCCAAUACUUUUUUGCUAUAGACACCGCAUGUGCACAAUGUGGGGCCCGCCGAAGGUGUUUUUGCUGUACACAUGCGGUGUCCCCAUCUUUUUCCAUACUAUACUCAAUGUGUUUUGCUCUUACGAAGUGUUAGGAAAGGGAAAAUGCUCGUUCUUCUUCCCGGUACACAUGCGGUGUCCCCAUCUUUUUCCAUACUAUACUCAAUGUGUUUUGCUCUUACGAAGUGUUAGGAAAGGGAAAAUGCUCGUUCUUCUUCCCUGAACCGUCACAAAUUCAUGUAUCAUUGUCUCUUAAACAGCAUUUCUGGCAAUAAAAUUUGAUUUGGUCUUCCAGUU